AUGGCCAAGAAGACGACGACAGGGAAGAACGAAGCGAUUUGUUUCACCACCGUCAAGACGCCUGAGCCGGUUGAUGUACACUUUAGGAACCCGUAUGCCCAACCAAUUGGCCCGACACCCGGAGCGGCGCCGGCACCAGCGCCAACUCCAGCGCCUGCCCAGAGCACCCCCGAUGUCGAAGACUUCGGCAUGGAAGCGGAUUACGAGGUUGUUUAUUUUUUUCAUGCGCCGGUGUUGCCGACACCGCCGUCGUUCUGCGGUGAUACCCGCGCGGAGAAGCGUCUGUUUAUGCGAGACUUCGAGAAGUAUCGUUGUCAAAUUGAAGCGCUGCACGCCGCUGGGAAGUUGUGGCAAUCGUGGUCCAUGACGGCUUACCAACAGCCACCUCCACUCGAGGCUGAUGACCUCGUGGAGAAGAUCAAGUCCAAGAUGGUGUGCGACAUGACCAUCCCUGAGGGCGACUCGCGCGUUGACCGCAUGGUUGCCGCAGCAUCCCGUUACGCGGAAGAGAUUGGCCAGAGCUGGAUUUUCGAUGUCGAGCCGAAGCUGUUUGCCGAGGCUAUUAUUAGCCAGUUACAACCGCCUGGGUUGAAAGCCCAGGUUCGUCGGUUUACAUCGUGGCUUAAACAAUAUGCUGCAGGGUACCAGGAGUACCACGACGAAGCUCGUGAAUUGCGCAAGUUGAAGGCGACCAAGGCAGCCGCGGUGACGCCACAGAUGAUCAAGUCAGAGAGCCAGAGAAUCGGGGCUGCUGCUGCCAAGAGCACGGAAAAGGAACAAGGAACAUCGCGCUCAAACCAAGAUGUAAAGUGCCUGAAGUGUGGCUCGUCCGAGCACAAGCCGUAUGGUCAAUCGUCGGAGCCGUUGCGUGUGACGAGGCUAGCGCACUUCAAGACGGUGCAACUCGAAAGUCGUUUGGCCCGCUUGCGUUGCGUGUCAUGGUACCUCGGCUUUCGCCAGGACAGCAUGCUGGACGAAGCCCUUCGGAUGAAGCAGUGUGAUAUCUCGACGAUGUCGAGGUGUAUAACUCCCCUGGGACUCAUCAGUCGGCUGGGAGAUUUGUCUGUGGAAGCCGAUGAAGGCACGGUCGACGAUGAUCUGUGCACGACGCCCGAAGUAAAGCGAGGGCCAGAAGCCGCCGAGGUUGAGCGAAUCCUCAACGUGAAGAUCGUGAAGAUCGCGGAAGCAAGAGAGCGUGGUCUCUCGGAGCACCAUAGUUCCACCCUCCACGGCAUUCUUAUGACGUACGUCGAUGUAUAG